AUGUACAGGAGUCGCGCUGGAGCGUCGUUAGACGAACGGUUCACGGCGACGGAUGACGCGGGCGGCGUCCGGCUGACGGUGUCCUCAGCACGGACCGGAGACACCAAUGUGUACACAUUACAAGCUAGUAAUGCAGCCGGGAGCGACACAAGUCGAGUCCGGUUGGAGGUCAGUGCAGAUGAAGCUCCCACGGGAGAGGAUCCCCCUACGUUCCUGAGACGUCUGCAGGACCUCACCGUGAAGGUCGGGACGAGGACACGGUUCCUCGUCGAGAUCGUCAGCUCUACUGAGUGUAAGGUGACAUGGUUUCGCAACGAGCGACGGCUGUUGGAAGCGGAGCGCGUGGCUCUAGCCCGGGACGGGAACUUCUGGUGUGCUGAUGUAGCUGCGGUCAGCGUCGACGAUGCUGGUCGCUGGACCUGCACUGCUGAAAACGCCGGCGGCAGGGCCAGCUGCUCGGCGCAUCUUAAUGUACUUGGUUAG